AUGGAGGGCGUCAAGACCGCUCCGAAUGCCGUCGUCGAGAUCCGCGACUACGAGGGAAGGCGCUGGGGUCAUGGAGACGGGCCGAUUCACCGAUGGAAGUGGAGAGACCAGUUCUUCAGGAACCUGCACCACCAACAGGUAGUCAGGACGCCACUGCCAGCACAGGAGUACGCAGCAUGCCAGGUGUACAGUUGGGGCAGCAACGAGAAGUGCAGGACACUUAGCUUGGCAGUGACGGGAUUCUAUUCGAUUACGGGCCUGAUCGAGUCGGGAGUGAAGGGCCACCCGAUUGAUGUGAUGGCCACCAUCGCGAAGAAGGCGGUUUUCAUGUUCAUGCAGAAGGAGGGUGAUUCGCGAUUGACGGCGAAAGUUGAGGAGCAAAUCGUACUCAUGCAGGUAUGGGGAUCCACGACCACAGUGCAUUCCAUGCCCUUCGUUGUUGGCUGGAUACUCUUUGAUGCGGCUAGAAACCCAAGCCUGCUGACCGUCUCCCGGCUAUGUCUCUGGGGCCUCCUAUACGUCCAAACGAUCGAGAUCUGCUUCAAGCAAGCAUCCAUCACCAUAUGGAGGCUCCGUACCAUGUUUGCGGGAGUAAUGGUGAUGUGCUUCUUGCGUGCUUUGCUCGCAGCUUCUGCCGAUGUUGCGCAUCACAGUACAAGUCACCAGCUGGACAUGUUGCUUGCGCUGUCUUGCGGAGUUGCUCAGCACGACGUCAAGUUUGCGGCUCCCUUCCUUACCUUGGUUUUUAUAGCUGACUCCUGGAGCCAGAGUGUGGUCUAUGACACUGCCCUCCCCAACGCCUUCUUCAGCAACCUUAUUCGGUACAUCAAUUCACUCGCUCUCUGUGCCAUCGUCGAGCAAAUGGCAAGAAUGAUCGCCGAGUCCGAGCUGGACGCAAAGGAUGCCUUGGCAGGCUUCAGAGGUAUGCUUCGAAGCUCCAUGGAUGCGGAAGUGGUGCUGGACAGCCACUUCAUGAUCUCAGAAAGGCCAACUGCGCUGGAGUUGUUGCUUGAGCGUCAAGGCCUAGUUGGCACGUCGUUCCUGGAUGUACUUCCAGACGAGGCCAUCGAGACCUUCCUGACGUUUACCAAGAGGAGCUCUUCAGAAUACGCUGGCAAGCUCGCCAACUUGGCUCACUUGGUUCCUCCGGCCAUGCGUUUGGGCUUGAGAAAGGCCAAUGGCAGCCAGGUGAAGGGUGACGCCUUCCUUGUCUACCUCCCGGGCAGGACUCGCUGCUCAGACAGGAUUGGCAAAGAGCAUCGCUUCAUCCUGGGCAUAAAAGAAGAUCCAGAGGCUUCUGACGAACCGCACGUCCAGGGCGCCGGGCCGUUUGUGGAUCAAGCCGCGAUUGCACAGGCUGCUCGGCAAUAUCGCUUAGCCUCUUCAGCGCCGCUCUCCUCGUCUCAGUCCCGUGGUCACACUCAGAUGCCACUGGUUUCCUGGCCGGAGAUGGUCGACGUCAACCUCUUCCUGGACGGGCAGACGGAGUGGUUUGACAUCAAGGAGGUGCGGGUGCGCUUUGCUCGGCUGGAUGACGUCCACAGCAUGCCCUGCCUGAAGCGGGCAAUCCCUUCCCAGGAAUGGAAGGCUAACCUUCCCAACUUGCGUGAGGCUAUUUGGAAUGCACACGACACAUCCCAGGAAUUCGUUCCUCGGAGCCUUGGUCCGCUGCACGUCCAUCUGCCCGGCAUUGCAGACAGCGAAGGUUGCCUCCUUGCAGACUGCUCGCACCUCUCCCUUGUGAGGGCUCCGAACAUCAACCCAGAUGUUUCAGACCUCUCCGCACAGCCCAUUUACUUCAAACUGCAGCUCUACAACUUUGUGCAGGCAGAUCGCCGGGGGGCUCGGUUGGGCUCGGAUCCUUGGGCGCAUUUUUGA